CUCGAGCAGAGCUGUGCGGGCUUUCGGUUUGUGCCCGCGGCGGCCUGGUUUAUGAGAACUCGGCCACUGAGGUUCCGGCCGGAGCUGCCUUCCCGGCCACCGGCCGCGGCUCAGCAGGGCGGCAGGAACAGCGCUCUCGGGAGACCUAAGCUCUGGGGACACCUGCUUCUCAGUGUUGCCGUAGCUCCGGACUUGCGAGGUAAGUCUGACUGAAUUUUCCAGCUACAGAAUGCAUAGCACCUUAAAAGGUUGGCCAUGAUGAGUAAAGUGGAGUUAAAGGAAGAUCAGAUGCUGGAGGUUCAAUUUGUGGGCGAUGAUGAUGUUCUUAAUCAUAUUCUUGACAGAGAAGGAGGAGCUAAAGUAAAAAAGGAGAAAACGCAGCUUUUGGUUAACCCCAAGAAAAUAAUAAAGAAGCCAGAAUGUGAACUGGAGGAAGGUGACCAGGAAGUCUUAAAGGAUCAGAACUAUGUGGAAGUUUUGGGAAGAAAUGUUCAAGAAUCCUGGAAAAAUGGUUCUGCUGCAGAUGGUGGGAAUAAAGUUUAUUCUUUUCAGAAUAGAAAACCUCCUGAAAAGAUGGCUAAAUUAGCUUCAGAACUCGCAAAAACCCCAAGGAAAAGUGUUUCAUUAAGUCUGAAGAAUGAGUCUGAAAUUAUGAUAAACAUUCCUCAAAGUAGCAAGGAGUAUUCUACAUCAGACAAAGUUCAGCAGAAGAACAAUGACAAAAAGGAAUUUCUCUCAACACCACCUCAUAAUCUAAGAAAAAGAUUAAUAGUGUCAAAGUCUAAUUCUGACAGUGAAAGUGACUAUUCUGCUUCCAACUCGGAGGACGGUGAAGGCGUUGCAAAGGAAUGUGAAGAAGACACUAAUUCGGUCAUGUUCUGCCAAAAGCUUCAAGCUCAGACUAGAGUAGUUUCAGAAACCGUUUGCAAAGGAACACCUCCUAAGAAAAUGAAGAGAGAGAAAACAAGUGACUUAGUGGAAGAAUAUUUUGAAGCUCAUAGCAGUUCAAAAGUUUUAACCUCAGAUAAAACGCUGCAGAAACUAAAAAGACCUAAAUUGGAUCAGCAAACUCUGCGUAACUUAUUGAGCAAGUUUUCUCCUUCCUUUUCUGCUGAAAUUAAACAAUUAAAUCAACAACAUGAAAAAUUAUUUCACAAGUGGAUGCUGCAGUUACACCUUGGGUUCAACAUUGUGCUUUAUGGUUUGGGUUCUAAGAGAGAUUUACUAGAAAAAUUUCGAACUACUGUGCUGCAAAAUUCCAUUCAUAUUGUCAUCAAUGGCUUCUUUCCUGGAAUCGGUGUGAAAUCAAUCCUGAAUUCUAUAACACAGGAAGUCCUCAAUCAUAUGGGCACCUUCCGAAGUGUACUGGAUCAGCUAGACUGGAUAACAAACAGAUUUAAAGAAGAUCCUUCUUUAGAACUCUUCCUUCUUAUCCACAAUUUGGAUAGCCAAAUGUUGAGAGGAGACAGUAGCCAGCAAAUUAUCGGGCAGUUGUCAUCUUUGCACAACAUACACCUUAUAGCAUCUAUUGAUCACCUCAAUGCUCCUCUCAUGUGGGAUCAUGCAAAGCAGAGUCUUUAUAAUUGGCUGUGGUACGAAACUACUACAUACAGUCCUUAUAGUGAAGAAACUUCCUAUGAGAAUUCUCUUCUGGUUAAGCAGUCUGGAUCUCUACCACUUAGUUCUCUGAUUCAUGUCUUACGGAGCCUUACUCCUAAUGCAAGGGGGAUUUUCAGGCUACUAAUAAAGUAUCAGCUGGAUAACCAGGAUAACCCUUCCUACAUUGGACUUCCUUUUCAAGAUUUUUACCAGCAGUGUCGAGAAGCAUUCCUUGUUAAUAGUGAUCUGACACUCCGCGCUCAACUAACUGAAUUUAGGGACCACAAACUUAUAAGAACAAAGAAGGGAACAGAUGGAGUAGAGUAUUUAUUUAUUCCUGUUGACAAUGCAACAUUGACUGACUUCUUGGAGAAGGAAGAGGAGGAGGCUUGAGGCUGCCCUUUCACUCCUGAACCUUCCAUAGGUUUUUGUACCAGCUGCCACUCCUAGUCAAGUGUGGGUUUACCCCCAACAUUCUUUUAUCAGCUUAUAAGAUUUAGUAUUUCGAGAGGUGCAGUCAUCAGUUAGAACAUAUAAGUAGACAGACUGGUGCACCAUCUCUAAUACUAUGCAGUGGUCCUCAAGUUGGAAAAAAAAUGUGCCUUUCAUCCAUUACCUCUCUGGAGACUUCUUGCUGCGAUGAACAGUGUGCUCAGGGACUAUUUGGAACUGGAUGUUUUUGAAUUCUUUUAUACUAGAGAUACUAUUCCUAAUUUUCUGAGGGCCUUUUAACACUCUGGGGCUGAUUGAUUACAAGUAUGCUUGUUCUAGAAUGUGGAAGUACAAAGACAGGAAUUUUAUUAAGUGUGCUCUAUGUAUUGGAACUGGUGAGUGAAUUAAGCACCAUCUCUGUUUCUGAAAGAAAAGGUAGAUGGAAAAGCAGUAGGUGAUCUUGCUUGGUCCUUUUGGAUUUAGGCUCCACACUUGAGGUGGGAGAGUGGGAGAAGUACAAGGAGUAUACAGGGUGUACACCCAAUCCCGAAAGCACAUGGACCAGAGUCACGGUAUGGUUAACUGUCCAGGGACCUUGGCUUUCAUGAUGGAAGUGAGAAGCCAGGCUACAGACAAUAAUCCUAAAUUGCAUUUUAGUAAUUGCUUUCAGAACAGAAAAUAAAAACGUCAUUAUUGUAAAUGGACAUUCCUCUCUUUUAAAUUACAUGCAGAUGGGUAGCAUAGUAAUGGCUGACUGGAAAAAUUUUGAUUUCGUUAUUAAGUGGCCACAAAAAUGACUGAAAGAUAUUUCCGUUUUGCUCUUAAGGUGACUAUUUCAAGUCUUCUAAAUAGGUGAGCCCCUUAGAAAAGAAAAAAAAACACAGGCUGAAUUUGGCCAUUGUGUCAGCUUAUAGUCUGCACAUACACUUACACUUGGAUAUGAAAUUGGUCAAAAUGUCACUAGUAAAAUCUUAUGACAUCAGUUUUUCUCGUUAUUUAUAUGAUUUUUAGAAAGUUUUUGGUAGUGCCAAGACACUCAAGGUGAAUUUCCUUCCCAUUACCUGGCCAUUAGUCAGCUCUGAUAGCAGAUUUCUAAGUAUUCUGCUGGAGAGAAGUCUAUGCACAUGUAAUUAUAUUUGUCCCUCUCAUUUUAAAAACACAAAGGUAACAUGAAACUGGCUGAGUUGUACCUUUUUGCUUAGUAAAUCUAGUUUAUAACUUA